UCAGAAGUUUACUUCAAACUGUGACGCUACUGAUACAAUGAAGUUUGUGGUGCUUGCUUUGCUCUUUGCUGGCGCCUACGGGUGUGGCAAUCCUACCUACCAACCUGUGGUGAGUCGAGUGGUUAACGGAGAGGAUGUCAGGCCUCACAGCUGGCCCUGGCAGAUUUCCCUGCAAUACAACAAUAAUGGUGAAUGGAGACACACCUGCGCGGGAACUCUGAUCUCUGACCAGUGGGUUCUAACUGUUGCUCACUGUAUCAGCUCAACCAGGCAGUACAGAGUGGCUCUGGGAAAGCACAACCUGGUCGAAAAUGAGAAUGGCUCUGUAUUUGUGAACCUGGCCAACAUCAUUGUGCACGAAAAUUGGACCUCUUUCCUCACUCGUAAUGACAUUGCCCUGAUCAGGCUGGCGGCCCCUGUUGAAUUAUCUGACACCAUCCAUCCCUCUUGUCUUCCUGCUGAAGGCUUUAUCCUCCCUCAUGAUGCACCAUGCUUUGUGACCGGGUGGGGUCGCCUCUACACCGGAGGUCCCAUCGCUGACAUCCUGCAGCAGGCUCUGCUGCCAGUUGUGGACUACGCUACCUGCAGCCAGUCAGACUGGUGGGGCUCUCAGGUGACACAAACUAUGGUCUGUGCUGGUGGAGACGGAAUUGUUUCUGGAUGCCAUGGAGACGCUGGUGGUCCUCUGAACUGUCAGGCCCCUGAUGGAUCCUGGGAGGUUCAUGGGAUUGUUAGCUUUGGCCCUGGGCCUGUCUGCAACUACUACAAGAAGCCCACUGUGUUCACUAAAGUCAGCUCCUUCGUGGACUGGAUUAACCAUUACAUGAUGCUGUUCGACUGAUGGAGUACCAUUUAAAGACCUAAACUGACAUUCUAGUCACUCUAAAAGAAAUAAAACCUUUUCUAUACUUUA